ACGAUGGCGGCAUCCAUGGUUGCUGUGGGCUCUGACCUCGGCACGCCCUCCAACCGACAGCUGCGGGAAUACUACCGCGCCAUGUUUGCGACCAUCAUGCCGAAGGGACGGCAGUGGACAUGCCAGUGGACUCUGCUGAGCGUCGUGCUGAAGGGCCAUCUCCUCGACCCCAUCGCGAUCAGCCAGAGGGAAGUCACCCCCGCGUUACGCCGUCGGGCUUUGCGGGUACCACAGCUGCGCGACUAUGUGCGCGACCUUCGUGAUCACAUCCAAGACGCAGACGCAGCCUACCCUGGUCCAGUGCGAACGUUCGUCAAUAUGCUCAACCAGCUCAACUG